AUGUUGCUCAUUCUGUUCGGCACCGUUGUGGCAUUCGUCGCGCUGGUGUAUGUGUUCCUGGCGUGGGAGUUUGGAUUUUGGGAAAAGUACGGCGUCAAGGGACCGAAACCGAGACUACUUUUCGGCAAUAUACCGUAUCUGUUAACGAAGAAGCGACACAUCGUGUACAAUUAUGAUCAAAUUUACAAUGACUACAAAAACGAACCAGCUGUUGGGUACUACAGCAUUAGAACACCACAACUGAUGGUGAGAGAUCCGGAGCUAAUCAAAGAGGUGUUGAGCAAGAGUUUCUAUAAUUUUGCCGCCAACGAUUUCUCCGACACCGUCGAUGAAAAGUCCGACCCACUGUUGGCUCGCAAUCCGUUCAGUUUGAGCGGCGAAAAAUGGAAAAAUCGACGGGCAGAGAUUACGCCUGGCUUUACCAACAAUCGGAUUAAAGCCAUGGCCCAUUUGAUGGACGAAGUUUGCGAACGUAUGACUAAAUACGUAAAAACCCAGGCCAAUUCCAGUGCUGGAGUAGUAACCUUGGACGCCAAAGAGCUAAUGGCGAAGUACACCACUGAUGUAGUUGCCAGCUGCAUCUUCGCCAUUGACGCACAAUCAUUCGAGAGAGAAAAUCCGGAAAUUCGCCAAAUGGGCAAGCGUAUUAUGAACUUUAACUUUGUCGUUCAGCUUGUGCUGCUUGUUACGACUUUCUGUCCAUCGGUGAAGAAUUUCUACAAGUUCACCUUCAUCCCGAAAGACACGGAAGAAUUCUUCAUUCGCAUCAUGCAGGACGCGAUCCGCUACCGCAGGGAGAACAAAAUUAACCGAACCGACUUCCUAGACCAUCUGUUGCAACUGCAGGAGCGUAAGCAGAUCACGGAUAUUGAUAUAGCUGGCCAUGGUGUGUCGUUCUUUGCUGAUGGAUUUGAAACUUCAAGCAUUGUGCUCACGUACACUCUGUACGAUCUCGCCAAACAUUCGGCCAUCCAACAGGAGCUACGUGAUGAAAUCCGGAAGGCAAAGGAGAACGGGGGCGGAAGCAUGUCGUACGAACAGUUGGUGGAGAUGCCCUUGUUGGAGCAAAUACUGUGCGAAACAAUGCGUAUCCAUCCGCUCAUUGCCGUUAUGUCCAAACGGUGCACCGUCGAUACUACGCUGGUUGGUCCGAAGGAUCGCAAAAUAUUCGUCAAAAAGGGUACCACGGUUGUGCUGCCGUACUAUUCGAUUAGUUUCGAUCCGGAACAUUUCUCUGAUCCUCAGAAAUACGAACCGAGCCGUUUUUCAGCUGAAAACGGGGGCAGUAAGCUAUAUCGCGAUCGAGGCGUUUACUUCCCCUUCGGUGAUGGGCCGCGCAUGUGCUUGGGUAUGCGAUUUGCUCUCACACAGGUUAAAAGAGCUAUAGUGGAGAUCGUGGAACACUUUGCCAUUUCUGUAAGUAGCAAAACAAUCGAACCGUUUGAAAUGGAUGCGGACCAGUUCAUGUUGAUGCCCAAAGGUAGUAUUUGGUUGGAUUUCAAACCUGUUGCAUAA